AUGGCCUCUCCCGUUCGAACGUCUAUUUCCCUCACCGACUCUGAUCCGCUGUUGACGCCCUCGGGUUCCCAUUCCGGUUCGCCCUCCCGCGCCCGUCGUCCUCCUAACUCGACCACCCACCUUAACGCCGACCCCCACGCAUCUCUCUCCUCGAGUGCGGCCUUGCGGUCCCUCUCCGGUACGAUCCAGCCCAUAUCGUUCAAGAAACGAUCCGCGCCUCCCCCACCUGGUGCGGCUGCACGCGUCACCGAAGGCUUGAUGAACCUGCUCAGCUCGAGUCCCAAAGAACCGACCGCUCCGAAUCCUAUCGACCAGCUCCACGAGGGGCAUCAUGAUACGUUCCAUGGUGCGGCAGACCUUCCCGAUGCACCGCUCGCUUCUUCGAGGAUGGGCAAGUUGGCCGUUAGACCGAAUCAUAUCGACGUUCCGCCACCGGGUCCGUAUCGCACUUUUUCGGCCACUUCGAACGCGCUCGAUUCGGCCGAGGACGACGACGCGGAACUCCCGAAGAGUACAACCCUGCUCGUCAACGAGGACGAUCAAGACGAGGACGAGUCGGACGAUCAGGCGAGGAGAGGCUCGCCGAAUUGGCGCAAGAUGUCCGUCUCUGGCUCGGCGUACGGUACGAGGAAUCGACUCUCGACGACGACCAACCAGUCGAAAGCGGGCAGGAACUCGUUCGGAGCCGCAUCCGCUCAGCAGGCUCGACCCGGUUUCACGAGUCGGAAUGAUCAGCAGAGAUUGAGGGACCCGUUUCUCAGUCCGAGUGAGGAUGGCCGAUCGAAUCGGGGCGCGUUCGAGGCGCGUGGGACGGGGAUGGGAUCUCCAGGUGCCGAGGCCGAGGACGAGGAGCUGAUCGAGAAGGAACCGACGCCGUUGCCCAAGAUUGCGUUGAUCGUACUGUGAGUUGUACUCACAACAUGAUUAUUUGCCCUCCCGACGACGAGGCUGACCUGAUGGUACUCCCCCUUUUGUACCCUACAGCUGCAUCUGCAUGUUUGGCGAAUUCCUGAGCGCGUCCCUGUCGAGUCGUGAGUUCGCAUGUGAUCUCGGUCACGUUCACAUGCCGCCGAGUCUUUGACCAUGCUGAUCCGUGAAAUGACCUUGUCCUACAUACAGCAUUCUUGUACUUUAUGAUCGAAGGCUUUGGCGUCGGCCAAGGUCCCGAAGGGGGUGGCGAGGCCGUCGUCGGUUUUUGGACGGGAGUCGUAUCGUAAGUCUUUGCGCAUAGACAACGUCGCCCACCUUGCAUUUACUCAUCAAUCUAUAAUCACAGAUCUGUUUUCUUCCUCUCCCAAUUCCUCACCUCGUUGUUGUGGGUCUCGGUCGCUGAAAAGCACGGACGUCGCGCCGUCCUCUUCACUUCCUUGCUCGGCAAUGGUGUCACCCUCAUGCUCUUUGGAACGUCCAAGAAUCUCGGUACCGCGAUCUCAGUCCGUCUCGGAAUGGGCCUCUUUAACGGUACGUCGAUCUUCCUGCACCUUGCCAGAGUCGAUCCUGACUGGACUUUCUCACCCUCUCAGGUGCCGUCGGAGUUGCUCGAUCCGCGGUCCAAGCCAUCACCGACUCGUCGAACGAAUCCAAAGCUUUCACCUACAUGGGGCUUUCGUGGGGUCUCGGCGGUAUCGUUGGCUCGAUCAUCGGUGGUCUCGCCGAGAACCCGGUGCGCAACCACCCGCGCUUUUUUGGCGACUCGGUCCUCUUCAAAGAGUACCCUUAUUUGCUCCCUUGCCUCAUCGCUGGAUCGGUCACGACCUCGGGUGCGAUCCUGUCGCUCUGCCUCGAUCGGGAUGGAGGACCCCGAUCGGCUUCGAUCAUGUUGCCCUCGGAGAAGGACGUCGAACGCGCUGCGAGGUCUUUCACCUCCAUCGCGAAAGGCUUUAUCCGUCGCGUUAUCUCCACAGUCCGCGGUCGAGGUCAACCCAUUCGACUUGACGAAACGACGGUGGGGCGUGAUUCGGCCGUCUCAUUGCAAGCGUCGCCGAACCGUGCUCAGCGCGAACCUUUGCUUUCGCCGAUCGGGCUCGGAUCCAACUAUCAGAGCAACGGGACGUUAUCCCCUUCUAUCGCCGCAACGGACGAUCGACAGACACCUGCGACGCGACGCGCCUCGAAUCGGUUCAGUGGUUCGGCGUAUGGGUAUGGCCGACUGGGAUCGGGGAGCGAGACCGGUGCGAGUGCCAUGAGGAUGCCGAGUGCGCGAAGGACGGGCAGGUCCGCGUCCAGAACCAUGUCCGUUGCGACGACGAAUGCGUACGCGCCCGAUUACGACUUUGAUCGAGGGGAUUUCUCGUUUGCUCAAAGGUGGGAAUCUCUUGCUCGAGUCAGCUUGCACGGGCUCGUACCGAGCUAAUCUGGCCUCGGAGGCUCUCACAGGCUCCUGAUGGCGAACGAACAAGCCGUGUUUUCCAUCUCGGAUCUUUGGGUCGCCAAUGCGACGCGCGAAGCUGACGAUCAAUACUCGCAAGUCGAGUAUGCGGAUUCCGUAUUCGAGGACGAGGAGUCGCGCAUCGGUGGAACGGGGACGCAUGGCGGUCGAACGAAUACGAGUAGGGUUGCCGGCGACGACGAAUCGCGUCUUGAUGUCGACGAUUCGCGCUUCUCGCUUUCGGCCGAACCGGACUUUUUCGGGUACGGGACCGCACCUCCGUCGAUGGAGGAUCUGCGAGGUCACGCACGACUGCAAGAGUCGCAACAAGGUGGCAGCGGGACGAUUUCCCCCGGUGCGGAAUCGCUCGCCUUGCCUGGCCAGGCGCGGCCCCGUGAUCGAUCGGUUUCUCGAGCGACGAUGCCCGAUCGUUACGCAUCACCGAAUCGGAUCUCGUCCUACGGUGGCGGUCUCACGCAACGGUUCCGACGUGGAAGUAUGGCCUCUUCCGCUGCUCCGGGUCGAGGCGCGCCUUCCAUUUUUGCCAACACCGGUCUGGACGACGAAACGCUCGUGCAAUCGACGCAACAUGCGCCACCUCCUGGAUCGCUUGGAGUGAAGACCGACGAGUAUGGUGCAGGCGGCGGAUUCGACCCCAUGGCCCCUAUCCCCGAAGGUCGACCUGCGAGCGUGAUCGAGUACAACGAGGCGGGGGAUGCGGAUUCGGUCGAGGUCAAGGCCGAUACGACGGGUCUGUUGAGGCAGUUGCCGUUGUCGAUGAUUGCGCAGUACUCGUUGUUGGCGCUGCACGGGUGCACGUGUGAUCAGAUCUUCUUGUCAGUCUCGAAGGGACUCGGUCGAUCCGAGGGAGGUGCUGAUGCCAACUGUUUGUACGUGCAGGUCGUUUCUCGUCACCCCUGUUCCGUCGGGUGGUCUCGGCCUGCAAGCGAGCAACUACGCCAUGCUCGUCGCGUGCAUGUUCUUCUUCACCAUGGUCUGGCAAUUCCGUCUCUACCCCUUCGUCGGACCUCCGCAUGGCUCCCUGUCCCACCUCGCCAUGUUCCGCCUCGGUCUGAUUCUCUACAUCCCCGUUUACAUCCUCUUUCCCGAGUUGAGGGGUCUGUUGAGGGAGAGCUCGAAUUCGUUCGUCAUGUUCGGGAUGGUGCUGUUGAGUUCGUUGAGGUACCUCGCGAACACGUGUUCGUACACCGCUGUAAUGGUACGUCCUCGGCGCAUUCGAUGCCGUCGAGAUGACUCGAACUGAACCUCAUCCUUGCCCAUCAAACAGGUUCUCGUCAACGCCAUGUCCCCACCGCAUCUCACACCCCUAGCGAACGGACUCGCCCAAUCAUGCGUCUCCUUUGCGCGCUUCAUCGGCCCCUUGAUGGGAGGAGCGAUUUGGGCCGCCUCGAUCGCCGAUGGACCGAACGCGCACGCUUGGCCGUUCAAUUACGCCUUCCCCUUCAUUUGUAUAGCGACGAUUUGCUUCAUGGGCUUCUUGCAUUCGUUUAGGAUUCAUUGA